CGUCACCGUUUAUUUCCCUCAAUCUCAAAGCGCUCUCCCUCCCCUUUCCCCCUUCUCUCUUCUUUCUCUCUCUAGCCGUGGAUUUUUCGCUGAGCAUUCUUUGUAAAGAUCUUUUUACAGUUAACUCUUAUUGGAUUCUAAGUUAAUCUCCCUAAAGUAGGUGCUGAUGUUACAUAGUGAAAUUGGGUAUUAACUGUGAGGAAUUAGUGGUGCAAAUAAGGGUAGACAGAUGGGGGAAGACUUAAUUACAAGCUUGUCAAUAGAGAAUUAUCACCCAUCUACAUUUUUGUCUAUGGAUUCAAUUGCUACAUCACAUGAGGAAUCAGAUAGAGAUAUGAAUAGGCAAAUUGUGCUAUCGAGGCCACCGGAUAUUAAUCUUCCUUUAUCCGUGGAGAGUAGCCCUCUGCCUCAAUCUUGGAACCACGACAUGUUUGAUAUGCUAGAUGUUGGACUUGGACACCAAAUUAAUGAAUGUGAUAAGCUUCUUGAUUUGCCUAAAGUUGGAAGGAAAUGUGCUAAGAGAUUGGAUAGUGUUUGGGGUGCUUGGUUCUUUUUCAAUUUCUACUUUAAGCCUGUUUUGAAGGAGAGAUCUAAGUGUAACUUUGUUCAAGAUAGUAAUGGGGUGUCCGGAUUUGAUAAGUCCGAUCUCCAACUUGAUGUUUUCUUGAUUCAACAUGACAUGGAGAAUAUGUACAUGUGGGUUUUUAAGGAGAGGUCUGAAAAUGCAUUGGGUAAGAUGCAGUUGAGAAGUUAUAUGAAUGGCCAUUCUAAGCAGGGUGAGCGUCCGUUUCCUUUUAGCGUUGAUAAGGGGUUCAUGCGCUCUCAUAAAAUGCAGCGUAAACAUUAUAGAGGCCUCUCCAAUCCGCAGUGUUUGCAUGGAAUUGAGCUUGUUCCAUCGCCCAAUUUAUCAUGUAUUGACGAGGAAGAGCAGAAGAAGUGGAUGGAACUUACGGGCAGGGAUUUGAACUUUUCUAUCCCGCCCGAAGCCAGAGAUUUCAGUUCUUGGCGGAACCUUCCCAAUACAGAUUUUGAGCUUCAAAGGCCCAUUCCCUUACCAAAGAGCAAUUCUCAUCUCCCUUCGAAAAAGUUACUAAAUGGAACUAGUCUCAACUUGUCAACUCAACCAUCAAAUCAUGUGAACAGCAACGGUUUAGAUCUCUCGUCUGAUUGUGGUAAGAAAAGGAAAGACUUCUUUUCUCAUGGAAGUGAUGAAGAUUGUUCCUUGUCAACUAAUCCCAGUUCAAACAGACAUCAAGACGGAGAACUACAUACUAUUGAACCAUCUUGGAUGAAUGAGUUUUCUGGGGUAAUGAAAAACGUGUCUGGGCCAGUUGCUGCUGCAAGAACUAUAUACGAAGACGAGGGAGGAUACUUGAUUAUGAUAACCCUACCUUUCGUUGAUCGUGAAAAGGUGAAAGUUCAUUGGUGGAACAAUAUCGAUCAUGGCAUUAUAAAAAUAACAUCUGUUAGUACAGCAUGCCCCCCAUUCAUGCUGAGAAAUGGUAGAACAUUCAAACUAACCGAUCCAUCUCCAGAGCACUGUCCUCCAGGAGAGUUCACAAGGGAAAUUCCACUUCCAACUCGAAUACCUGAUGACGCCAAACUAGAAGCCUAUUUUGACAACAGCGGGACAGUUCUUGAAUUGAAAGUUCCCAAACAUGGCACAACUCCAGAAGUGCAUGAAGUUCCUGUUUGCCUUCGCCCUCCAAAUGAGUUUGUGCUGUCGUGAGCUAGGUAUUGAUUGCAAAAGUGUAAGCUAGACCUGAUAGUUAAUUUCCAUUCUUUUUUAAGUUUAAGUUUUUAGGGGGAAAUUCAA